AUGGAGGAGAUUCAUUUUGGAGAAAACUCUUUAAUGUUCACCAUGGUGCUCUUCACCAGAGGAGAUGAUCUGAAUGACAAAACCAUAGAACAGUAUCUGGGAGAACCCGGAUCUGCCCUUAAAAACCUGAUUGAUGAGUGUGGAAACAGAUACCAUGUGUUCAAUAAUAAAGAGACUGGAGACCGAACACAGGUGACUGAUCUACUGCAGAAGAUAGACAACAUGGUGAAAGCGAACGGAGAGAGUUACUACUCAUGUAAGAUCUUCAGAGAGAAGGAAAGAGAAUUACAAGAACAACAGAUGAAGAUACUGAUGGAGAAAGUGGAGCAAGUGAUCAGAGAAAGAGAAGAACUGAUGAACAAACAUAAAGAAGAGAAACAGAAGAUGAAGAUAAAGAUCAAGGAAGAAAGACAGAAUCAUGAGAAAGAGAGAAAGAGAAGAGAAGAUGAAUUUAUUGAGAGAGAAGAACAAUAUAAAAGAGAUAUUCUAGAGAGAGAGGAACAAGAGAGAAAGAUACGAGAGGAGCUGAAGAGAGAACGAGAGGAAUGGGAGACACAGAAACAACAGGAAAGACAAAGAAGAGAAGAAGAGGAGGAGAAAUGGAGAAAGAAAGAACAGGAAAAGUGGGAUGAAUAUAAUCAGAGACUUAAAGAAGAGAGAAAGAGAAUGGAAAGAGAGAAAGAAGAUCUCCAAUACAAACAUGAAAAAGAGAAAAAGCGAAUGAAGAUGAUGAUGGAUGAGGAAAGACAGAAUCAUGACACAGAAAGGAAGAGAAGAGAAGAGGAAUUUAGGGAGAGAGAAGAACAAUAUAAAGCAGAGAUGAAGAGAGAACGAGAGGAAUGGGAGAGACAGAAACAAGAAGCAAGACAAAGAAGAGAAGAAAAGGAGGACAGAAGGAGAAAGAUAGAGCAGGAAACAUGGGAUGACUAUUAUCAUAUGUUUCUCAACAACGAGGAGCUCCAAGACUCCUCCGUCACCAUCGGUUCUACUCAGCUCCAAGUCCCCUUUGUCACCACUGGUCCCACCCAGCUCCAAGUAUUCUUCGUCAGUGCUGGUCCUGCCCAUCUACAAGGCUCUUUUUUGUCACUGGUCCUGCCAAACUACAAGUCUCCCUCAUUGUUGCUGGUCCUGCCCAGCUCCAAGUGUCCUUCGUUGCUCCAAGUGACCUUCGUUGGUGCUGGUCCUGCCCAACUACAAGGCUCUUUUUUUUUUGUUGCUGGUCCUGCCCAGCUCGAAUUGGUCCUGCUCAGCUCCAAGUCUCCAUUGUCACCGCUGGUCCCACCCAGCUCCAAGUAUUCUUCAUCUGUGCUGGUCACACCCAGCUACAAGUCUUCUUUGUCACCACUGGUCACGCCAAGCUCCAGUUGUCCUUCGAUGGUGCUGGUCCCACCCAGCUCGAAGUCUCCUUUUUCACUGCUGGUCCUGCUCAGCUCCAAGUCUCCUUCAUUGCUGCUGAUCCUGCCCAGUUUUAAGCCUCUUUCCUCUGCCAAAGGCAUACAGUUCCUUGGCCUUAUAUCCACUGUCUCCCUUCAGCCCCUCGUCUGCUCCCCAGACUCCACCUCGGCCACAUUGGCUCCACCUUGGUUCAACACUUCCUUGGCUCCACCAUGGACACCAUGGGGCUCAAAAGCAGCAGAUUUCUGCAUUGUUCUCUUCACUAGAGGAGAUAAUCUGAGAGGACAAACAAUGGAGCAAUAUGUAGAGAAAAGUAAAGAUGCUGAACUCAAGACACUGAUCAGUGAUUGUGGAAACAGAUUCCUGGCUUUUAACAACACAGAAACACAGGAUCAGACACAAGUUACUCAGCUGUUAAAUAUGAUAGAAGAAAUGAAUCAGGGCCGAUACUUCACUAAUGAGAUGUUUGAAGAGGCAGCGAUCUCCAUUGAACAUAUAAGGGAAAUAAUAAAAGAGAAUGAAAGACAAAAUCAGACUCAAGUUGAAGAAUUAAAAGCCAAAUAUGACAUGGAAUUUGAAAGCAUGAAAAAGAGACUGAAGGAGAAAAAACAAAAGAUACAUGAGGAAAAACAGAGGCUGAAGAACAAGUUCAGAGAACAAGAGGAAAGACUCAGGAGAGAGUUUGAGGAGAAAGAAAAAUCAGAUCAGGAGAAACGAGAGACGGAGGAUCAGAAACAAUCAGAAGAAGAGAAACAGCAAAGAGCUGAAUAUGAUCAAAAAAUAGAGAAGAUGAAGAGAGAGAUUGAAGAUCAGAGAAUACAGUAUGAAGAAGAGCUAAAAGAAAGAGAAGAAGAAGAUGAUAGAACGAGAGAUGAAAAAUAUAAACAAAGCCAAGAAAAGAUGAAAAAUUAUCAUGAACACAGCAUGGCAGAAGAGAGAAAACAGAAAGAGAGAGAAUACGAAGAAAAGAUAAAGGAAAUGAAAAGAUUUUAUGAGCAGCUGGAGCGAGAGAGAAAAGAGGAGAGGAAGAGAAGAAAACGAGAGGAUGAAGAGAGACGAGUGGAGAAGAGAAAGAGAUGGGAGGAAGUGAUGGAAGAUCUGAAACGAGAGCAAGAGGAGGAGAUCAAGAGAAGAGAAAGAGAGGAGACAGAAAGAAUAGACAGAGCAGAAAAAGAGUGUGAUGAAAUGAAACAGAAACAUGAAGAGGAAAUAGAGAAGAUGGAGAAGAAGCAUCAAGAUGAAGCCAGAGAACAACGAGAAGAACUGAAUGAUUUCAGAAAGAGAAAAGAUCAGCACGUUCAGGAGCUCAAGGAGAGACUUGAAGAGAUUCAAAAACAACUGAAUAAAGUGAAAAAGUUAAGAAUGGACCUAGAAGAUAAAUGGACAUGUCAUGUCAUGUGAAACAUUAUUGAUUAGUAAUGAAUUUGUAGUGAAUUUGAAGGGUUUUUCGGUAUUUCUCUUUCUUUCUUCGUAUAAUCAGGGUUAUUCCCACAUGCUUCUGAAGGCUCACUGUCAUACAGAGUUUAAUCACUUACUGUACAUACCUGUCAGUUAUUAAGAGAUCAUGCAGACCUUGAUGAGGGGGUUUGAUUAGAGUUAAAGUUCUGCAGGAGCAGAUUUGAAUAUAU